UUUUAUAAAAACCAAAAACACAACCAUGAACCAUCUCAUUUCACUUCUCAUUUUCCUUAAACCUUCAUAACACACAAAAAAAAAAAAAGCACUAUGUGUCCUUCUGGCCGGAGCCUCCGCACCCAUUCCUCCUCCUCCUCUUCCUCUUCUUCCGCCGCCACGUCGGAUUUCCGACCGGCAUUCGACAUUCUAGACGCUGACCGAGACGGCAAAAUAAGCCGCGACGACCUCCGCGCCUUCUACGCCGGGGUAUACGGCGGCGUCACUGGCGGAGAUGACGUCAUCGGGGCAAUGAUGACGGUGGCGGACAUCAACAAGGACGGUUUCGUGGAGUACGAGGAGUUCGAGCGCGUGGUUAACGGGAACGCGGAGAGGAGACCGUUAGGGUGUGGGGCCAUGGAGGAUGUGUUCAGGGUGAUGGACAAGGACGGCGACGGCAGGCUCAGCCACCAGGACUUGAAGAGUUACAUGGCAUGGGCUGGUUUCGCCGCCACCGACGAAGACAUCACCGCCAUGAUCAAAUUCGGCGGCGGGGAUCAAAACGGCGGCGUUAACUUCGAUGGAUUGCUUCGCAUAUUAGCUCUUGAUGAUUCCGCCUCUAAUUAAUUAAAUUACUGCCGGUUAUUAUUCCAUAAAUAUAUAUAUAUAUAUAUAUAUAUAUAUAUAUAUAUAUAUUUUUUUUUAUUGGGUUUCAGAUUUUGCAAAAGUUUGAAUAAUUGAUUAUAAUGAACCCAAAAUCAUGUAAUGUGAGCCAUUCCAAAAUGGUGUUGGAUUAUUAUGUAAGUCUCGGUGGUUUAUAAUUUGUGUAAUCAAGGAGUGAGGAACAAUCUUUUUUUGUUUUUUAGCGAAGGCCGGAGAGGCAUAUUCGGUAUCUGUGGUUUAUAAUACAAGAAGGUUUUUAGCUGGCAGAGACCAAGCCUUUGGGUAUCACGUUC